AUGCGGUCCUUCUCGUGUUGGGUAGCUGCUGCCCUGCAGUUGGUUCACCAUCUAGGCCCGGCUACCGCUGCGGCCGUCCAUCACCAUGGGAAUCACACGGGAAGAAUAGCCCCCAAGGCUUUCAUCAUCAGCAUGUUUGAGCCCGAAACUGACGGCUGGAUGACAAGCAUGGUGGAAUCGGGCACCGGGAACUUGACCGACAUCAAGAUCGACGUGCCCGGGCUGUCCAUGCUGUAUCCUCAGGUGGCAUGCACGGCGGACAAGUCUGUAUGCCAGUUGACGGCCGGAGAGAGCGAGAUCAACGCGGCAGCGAGUAUCAUGGCGCUGGUGCUCUCUCACAAGUUUGAUCUCCGCCAGACAUACUUUGUGGUUGGCGGCAUCGCAGGUGUCAACCCUAAGUACUCGACCCUUGGCGGUGUUGCGCUCUCUCGCUAUGUCAUCCAGGUCGCUCUGCAGUACGAGCUGGAUGCGCGUGAGAAGCCGGAUAACUUCAGCACGGGAUACUUUGCGUACGGCACCAAGGGACCGAACCAGUACCCUAGCACCAUCUAUGGCACUGAGGUGUUUGAAGUCAACGAAGCGCUACGCGACGUAGCGUAUAAGUUUGCGCAAAAGGCAAAGUUGGCUGAUUCGGCAGCCGGGGCCGAGUACCGGGCCAAGUACAAGGAGGCCGGGGCUGCGUACGUUGCCGCCACCGAAGGGCCGAGUGUUGUCAAGUGCGACACGGCCACCAGCGAUGUGUACUACUCGGGCACUCUGCUCAGCGAAGCCUUUGAGACGGUGACGCGGGUGUGGACGAACGGCACCGGCGAUUACUGCAUGUCGGCGCAGGAAGACAACGCCGUGCUCGAGGUGCUCGUCCGCGGAGCCAUCCAGGGCCUUGUCGACUUUGGCCGUGUCAUUGUCAUGCGAACGGGAUCCGACUUUGACAGGCCUCCGCCGAACGUCACAUCCUACCAGCACCUGAUGACAGACCAGAACGGCUUCGAGAUUGCCACGACCAACCUGGGCAGGGCGGGCGUUGAGAUUGUUCGCGGCAUUCUGCAAGGUUGGGAGCAUACGUUCCGGAAGGGCAUCAAGCCCACCAACUAUAUCGGCGAUAUCUUUGGCAGCUUGGGAGGACAGCCCAACUUUGGACCGGGAAGCCAGACCAAUGGCACCGGCUAUGCGGCCGCACCCAAACAGGCGAGGGCGCAACUGAGGGCAAGGGGAUAUCGUGGCCCUUCUGUUGUGCGACGUCGCAUUUGA